AUGAGGAAAUGCCGCGACCUGGAAACCCGGAUUGCAUCCAUAAGUAACAAGGGCUUCCAAGCCGUAAGCAUUCAGACAACGAUUUCGUGUCUUACCCUCCAUGCUGGAGACAUCAUCAUCUCUUCCGACCGUACUUUGGAUGAGAAUGCACCCGCUGUGGUCAUCUUCACCAGUGGGACUACUGGGUCACCUAAGGGUGCAGUUAUGCGAAGAUCCUUCAUCUUUGAUUGUGCACUCGAAGUGGCAGAUCAUUACCAGCUGACGGAAGAUGAUGUCGCUCUCCACGUUCUCCCGGUGCAUCAUGCGACCGGUGUUGGCAUCAACUUCUUCCCAUCUCUCGUGGCUGGUAGCCGGAUCGAGUUUCGCAGCGGAGGCUUUGACGAAGAGCAGAUGUGGGAGCGAUGGAAACAGGGCGCUUCAGAUACCGAACGACAACUGACCGUAUUCUCUGGUGUACCUACUAUAUACAUGCGGAUGAGAAGGUACUAUCAACAACGAAUAAGCAAGCUACCCGCAGAUGAGAUAGCGAAGUACGCCGCGGGCGCAAGACAGUUUCGAGCCUGCUUAUGCGGAACAUCAGCACUGCCGCAGCCACUCGAUGACUUUUGGAAGCAUCUGAUGCAGAAGCCUAUCCUGCAACGAUACGGAGCUACCGAGUUUGGGGCUGUCUUCAAGAUGCGCCUCGGCGACGAGAGCGUGCCAGAAGGUUCAGUUGGUGAACUCGCCAGCGGCGUUGAUGUCAAGCUAUCCGAAGGAGACGAGGGAGAGGUGCUCGUGAAAAGCCCACAUAUGUUCUCAAAGUACCUGCGUGAUCCUGAAGGAACUGCAAAAGCUCAUGAUCGGAAUGGCUACUUCCGAAGCGGCGACAUUGCGCGACGAGAGGGCAAAUAUUACUUCAUUAUCGGUCGAGCGUCUCUAGACAUCAUCAAGUCAGGCGGAUACAAGAUCUCGGCUCUGGACGUCGAGCGCGAGCUGCUGAGUCUACCAUAUGUAGCCGAAGCCAUGGUGGUUGGUGUACCCGACGAGGAGUACGGGCAACGGGUCGCCGCACUAGUCUCGCUGCAGAAUGAGGAAAUGUCUGCUCCUUUCUCGGCUUCCAGCGAUGGUUCUCAAUAUGUCUUGACGAUCAAAGACUUGCGACGAGAUCUACGGGAAAGGCUAGCUGGGUAUAAGCUACCCACGCUCCUAAGGAUUGCAGAUGGGGAAUUUCCGAAGACAGUUACAGGCAAAGUGCAAAAAAAAGUUCUUGGGCCUCGCUUCUUCCCUGCAGAUUAUCAUCGGCGUCCAGGAGUACAGGAAUGGGACGCGCGAUCUCCGAAGACCUUGGCGAAGCUUUGA